UUUUGAAUACGCUAACCGCUUCUUUUGAGUAAUGCGUUGCAGGGGAUGAGAUUGUCACUAUUUAUUCAGUUGGCUCUAUUAAUCCGUUAUGCUUUUUGUGAUUAUUAUGACGUCCUUGGAGUAUCUAAAUCUGCCUCAAAUUUGGAAAUUAAGACAGCAUAUAGGAAACUAGCGAAGAAAUGGCAUCCGGAUAAGAAUCCUUCAGAUAAAGCAAACAAAAAGUUCAUUGAAAUAAAUGAAGCCUAUGAGGUACUAUCUAACUCUAAGAAACGGCAUGAGUAUGAUACCUUCGGAAAAGUCCAUUCAGAUGGGAGUGCACCUCCCCCUGGACAUUAUCCAUACCGUCACGAAUUUGUUCAUUCUUCGUUUGAAGAUCUUUUCGAUUUUUUUCCAGGGUUCAACCGUGCCCCACAAUUCUCAACCAAUGUCCUUAAUAUCGACUUUCGAAACUAUCGCCUAACCCACCUCCCACGAUCUCGAACGGUGCCUUUGCUCAUAUUUGGUUAUUCUGAUUUUUGUUUCCCUUGUCGUCAAGUUCGUCCCAUUUGGUCACAAUUAGCAGAUGAGCUUACUCCGUUGGGGAUUACUGUGGCUAGUGUCAAUUUAGAACAUGAUUCUGCACUGCGUGAAGAGCUACGCGUAUUACAUGUUCCGAGUGUGACAAUAGUUGUUGAUGGACAGGUUUCUUAUUACUCUCGAGGUGAUUUCAGUCAUAAUAGUCUUAUUGACGCAUUAAGAAGUGCAAUUAUGAAAUCAAAUCCUUCACGCUCUAAGGCGUUACCAAUAUUUCUUAGCACAACAAUCGAUACACCAUUAAUACAAAGUAUUAGUGAUUAUGAUACAUUUAUUAAUACUUUUCAUUAUGGUUGGCGUCGUGACAGUCGACCCAGAAUGGUACUUAUUAAACCAUUAACUUUACCACCGUUACGGUAUUGUGUGGCUGCUUUCAGAGCAGCAGAUCAUUUAGCUGCUGGUUAUAUUAAUUCUGAACCUGGUAACAAUCAUAAUCUGGCUAAGAAUUUCAAUGUAAAUCCAAAUGAGGAGACCUUAUUGAUAUAUCAUGAAGAUUCAAGCAUACCUGUCUAUCGUCAAUCAGCUACAAAAUUAUCACCUACUUUAUUGGAUAAUGCAAUGUUAACUUAUAGUCAAUUAAAUAUCCCUAGAAUAUAUAGUCGUGCACGACUGUUGGAUUUAUGCCCAACUGAUGGAAGUAAACCAACUAGUAAAUAUGCUUUAGAAUCAGAUAAACAUUAUAAUGAUCAUUCUAAUCAUCGUCAUUUAUGCUUAGUAUUAUUGUUAAAUUCAAAGUUAUCCAAUGUUGAACAAGUAAACAGUUGGGGUGAUAUAUGGUUAACUAUGUUACGUCAUACAUUACAAUUAUCUCAAACAGAUUUAUCAAAAUUAUAUCAUACAAAUCAACAUAGUUAUCAUUUUAUGCCUGUACAUAUUUAUGUGGAUCGUCAGAUUAGUUUAAUGCAAAAAUUAAGUACAUCUUCUACAUGUUCAAAUGAAUCGUGUAAUUUACUUAAUGAAGAUAAUAUGGGCCGUUUAGCAUUAAUUUGGCGUAUCAGUUCAACUGAAACAGUUUAUCAAUUUCUUCCCACUAAUUCAAUGUCUCAUCCAAGAACUCAUUUAAAUGAGAAAAUGCUGAAACCAAAUGAUUUAAAAAGUUUAAUCCUGAAAUCUACUAAACAGAUGUAUACUGCUUUAAUGAAUGAUUUAGAAAAUAUUAUCCAGACAGUAUCUAUUAUUGACAAAUUAACUAAUCCAACAAAUCAUUUCACUCAUUCAAUUGAUAAAGUGGUAUCUCAAUGGUAUCUACUCAAAGAUUGUAUGAUUGAGGAAUUAAUGAUUGAUGAAUUAGUAGCAUCAAUAUGGAUUAGAAUGAGAAAUAGGCUGUUACAAAUUCUUGUGGAUAUUGGACAUUCAAUGUUUGACAUUGUAAAUCAUCCUUUGGCAUUUGUUUUUUCAAGUUUUAUGAUUAUCAUCGGUUUACUAUUAUUCAGUUUGAUAUCAACACUUGUACAAGCAACAAAAAAUGAACAACAGAAUAAAUGUACAACAGAGAAGCGUUACAACGAAACAAAUCAAGAUGUUAAUACAUCAUUCUCAUCAAACAGUAAUAUUAGUGAUAAAAAUAGUAGUAGUUGUGGUAAUAAUAGCAGUAGUAGUCAGUGUAAAUUUACUGAAGGGUCAUCUGCACUUACUCCUAUUGUUUCAUUAAAUCCUUCCACAUAUGACCGUCUUGUUCGUGAUGCCCCUAAAGGUUUCAGGCUUCUAGUAUUAUGUGUUCGUGGAACUACUCAAGAUAAUCGAUUACGUGAUCAGUUUGACUUCAAAACUCGUCGAGUUUGUGGAAGUCAAAUUCAACGUGCUUGUCUUUCUAUGGAUCGAUAUUCGGGUUGGCUUGCAAAAUUACUUGAAUCUAUCAGAUCUAAUUUACCAAUACAUAUUCGUUCUAAUAAAACUAUGCAAAAGAAAACGAAUGUGAAUGAUACUACUGAUGAUAAUAAUAAUAAUAGUGGAAUUUUAUUUAUUAAUCCAGUGAACUGUGUUGGAACAGUUAUCGCCGUUAAUGGUUAUCGUCGUUAUUUCAAUCUUUAUCAUCCUUUAAUUCCAGGUUCUCAAAGUAGUUCUGAUGAAAAUUCUGUAAGUGAUACAUAAUUUAAAAUUUUGAUGUUUUCUUAUUCUAAGUUGUGUAUUACAGAGUAUUAAUUUAGUUAUACAGAUGAAUGAAUUCCUCUUGAAAAGUUAAGAAGCCCUAUCUCAUUAGUUCAUCCAUAGAAUGUAAUGCAAUCAGGUAACGGUUUGUUUCACAAUUCAUGGUAUAAGUUAGAGAAUUGGAGAUAGUGUCAAAUUACUUGUUACAUACAAUCUGUAGAGACGGAAUUAGGCAUUUGAUGUGAUGAAUACUAUCUUUUUUUUACUGUGGUGACAAAAUAAUUUUCCAUCAUUAUUUUGAAAAUUUUGAGUAGUAUAAAAUGGUAUUUCGGAUGCUCAUUAUGCAUGAUAUUUUAAUUUCGUGCAAAGACCUAAAAACCGCGUUUUCUCAUUCCUAAUGUAUACUUUCACUAUAAGGAACGUAUUCGAAAAAUAAGAAGGAUAGAGUAACUUUAAAACUGAAAAUUGAAGAAAAAAAAUAAUGAACACAUCUACUCCACCGUGAUCGAUUCUAAUCUAUGCUACUUAUAGUCUUCAACCAGUGAUCACGAUUGGUGUAAGCAUCCCAAACAGAUAAUUUUCGUCUAGUGACAAUGCUUAGUGCAUCAAACAAUUACUUCAUGUAAUAAUACCACGUCUUUGUUUAGCUGCUGUUAGCUAUUCUUAUGCAAGUCGGCAUAGUUCAUUGAAACAAAGGGUAUUUGGAGAUGUGUUUAAACCACGUUAAUUGAUAAUGGUGUGCUACAUCGUUAAUCGAUUUCCCACCCCUACCUGGGGUCCUACGUUUAACCACAUCACUAACCAUCUAGUCGUUCUAUUCUACGAAGGUGAUUCUUCAAAAACAUCUAUCACCAAACAAGCAACCCAUACUUGUUUACUUCAUACGCGAUAUCCCAUAGCUAUAAAGAGAAAUCGAGCAGACUACUGCUUAUUAUACUUUCCCUUUGAUAUCCAUAUCGAUAUCACACUUAUGCCACACCUGAUGCAUGUUUAGAAAGUCCAAGCAAUCUUCCUGAAUCCAUAUCAUUGUUUUGUUAACCAGUGACUCACCAUUACUAAUGAAACUUUCAAGUGAAGUGAUCAAGUUGCUCAUGUACUUCAUAAUCCAUAAUCAGGUCAUAUGUUGAUUCAAACCAGUCCUAAUGCAAAAGUUUGCACUUCUAGGAAGAGUAUUUCAUCCUAAAGUUUAUUGAAUUGUAACUUAAUAAGUUUCAUAGAUUGAAUUUUGUCGAAUUUUUAAUCAAAAUGAGACAUUUCGUAAAUAAAUGCAUAUUCUACAUUUCAAGCAUGCCAACUAUUAUAUUUAAAACAUGACACAAUUACACAUUAAAUUUGUCGUAAUAGGUUAAUUGAUUGAAUUUGGAUGCUUCCGUCCUUCAUUAUCGUCUAAAACUCAGUUAUCUAUGUUAUUCUGUAUUCUUUUUAUCCACUUUUGUGAUAAAUUCUUUUUGUAGACUUUAAGUAUCAUUUUAUGUAUCAUCCAUCUUUUUUUAAUAAUAACCAACCCUUAUAGUAUCAUGUGUGACGAAAUCUCAGCACAGAUACAGAGUACUUGACUAGCUUUUUCCAACUUGCGUCAUUCAUGGCGUAUGCGAGAUACCCGUUUACCAACCAAAUGAUGGGUUUACUGUACAGUAGUUCGUUCCGUCCUACUUUAUUGCAGUGAAACAUGGCCAGUAAAAGUAGAGGAUAUUCGUUGGUGACUAGUAUUUGAUCAUAGGUGUCUCCGAAACAUUGUUCGUAUAUCCUGGGACCAUCGAGUAAGUAAUGCAGUUGUUAGGAAACGGGUACUAGGUAAGGAUGGUAAAUCAAUUGAUGAAGUGGUGAAAAUUCAUCAGUUGAGAUGGCUGGGACACGUGUUACGUAUGCUCAACCACUGACUGCCUCGACGUGUGAUGUUUUAUGGUGUAGGAGUAGGUUGUAAGAAAGCUAGGGGCGGCCAGACCAAAACAUAUAAAGGGCGGCCUGCCCAAGCAUCUGGGCUACCUUUUCCUGCCAUCUAGAUAUUUCAACAAGUUAUCUAUUUUCGUUUAUUUUAAUGUAUCAUUAUGCUGAUUAAUCGCAUAACUUAUUCUGCUGCGUUUCAAUAAAAGUGUACAACCUUUCGUUGUCAAAGUUACAAAAAACUCAAUAAGAGACAAUAUGGUUGCUGGCAAUAUACAACGAAAAGAAUGUACAUAACUCAGAUGUUCAUUUACUGAACUGCUAACAUCUAACUGGCGAUCACUCGAUAUUUAUCGCCAGGACCGACUAAGAAAACAGAAACGGAAACAUGUUGAAAUACUUUGCGCUGAGAAUUCUAUAUUGUAUCAAAAAUGUAAUAUUGAAUAAAGCUGAUAAUAAUAAUAAUAAUAAUAAUAUGGCACAAGUCCAUGAAGUCACUGACAAGUGGAUUGAGCCAUGUUUGUAUGUGUAGACUACCUGGUUGGGAUCCACGAGAUGAUAGCAACCGAUGAUUAGAGACCUUGAAUGACAUGGUUCAAAAUCGUUUGCAAUUGCGCAGGUGCAUCCACUCUUUGUGUUCUCCCAAAUUUUAAUCUUCUGAAUUCUUCAUGUCCCUUUCUUUUUUCUCUUUCCAAAUUUAUUUCACUUGAUUAUACUUCUUGAAUAACAUCUUCAAAACCUAAUGUUUCCGAUUACUGCUUAUGAUUGUACUACCUUUAUCACUACGGGAUUUGAAUCGACAACUGCAUCUCUUUGUUAAUGUGGUGUGGCAAUUCGAACCGAUGUACGUACGUACGAAAUUCUACGUUGUUACUGACUGACUGACUAGUUGAUACUUGUCCUCAUACAAAAAAAAAGAAAACACUAAAUGCUCAAUUAUUAUUGUUUUCUGUAUGUUUUGGAAAUAUUUUAUUUUUGACUUUAUCUUCUUGAUCUCAUUUCAAUUCUCUCUGUCUCUGUAUAUAUAUAUGUAGGAAUCAGAUGAGGACAAAUCAUCAAUAGUUGAAAAACAAGGUAAACGCUUACGACGUAGACAUAUAUUUGGUCGUGCAUUCGGUUUAGAAUCAGAUGAUGAAGAAGAUUUCAAUCAAUCUAAUAUUAAUAACAAUCAUUCACAUUUAAAGUCAAGGCAUCAAAUAAAUGAUGGAGUAUUAUUUGAAAGUGAAUUAUUAGAUGGUUUAUCCAAUUGGUUAGAUCGUCUAUUUGAAGGCUCAUUACCUCGUUAUAAUGUUGCAGAAUGGCCAAUCGGUUUACUUGGAGAUGACAAUGAUGAUGAUGAUGAUGAUUAAAUUGUAUAGGUUAUGUCUUAUAUGCCGUGAUAAAUGUUGAUGUUUUUAUUAUCAUCUACCAACAAUAAUAUGGUUUCAUUCCAUUCUAUAUCAUUUGUAAAAAUAUUCAACUUGUUCAUCUUUUUUUCUUGAACCUUAUUUUAUAAAAUGGAGUCCCUUGGAUUUUUUUCUUUUUUGUAAUUUCAAGUAAAUCUUCAAUGUAGAUAUUUCUUCUUAGAAAGAAGUAGACAAUGUUAUGUAAUAUUUGAAGUAUUAAUGUUUAAUGAAUUGUAUUCAUCAUUGUAAUUAUUGUAUCAUUUUACCUAUCAUAUACCUAUUUAAUAAUUUGAGACUUUAUUUAAUUCACUGAAUAUAAAGCAUUAUAUUUCAUUCAUAUUUGAAGCUUAUUUUUACCUUUUAGUCAAAUCAUACUUGGUAGAAAGUUUUAUUUUUCAAAUUGUCCAAAUGUUUGAAAUGCUUCUUGGGC